AUGCGUCCCACGCCUCUAGCCGCAGCGGUCCCAGGAGGGGAAGCUAGGGUUGAUGAAGUCAGUCCGACGGGAUCUCUGGCCGGGCCCUUGACCCAGCCGGUGCCAUCAGCACCAGAAGUGGUGAUUGAGCUCUCCAACAAGGACAAGCCAGAAGACUCAGCCCUACCAACGGCUUUUGUUCCCACCGCCCCAGUCUCCACCGCCGCUCCUACCUCCAUCGCCUCCACCAUCUAUGACAUUCCUGGGCCCUCCAGUCUUGGCACCGUCGGCUGGUUGGACACAAGCUGCGACAAGGAGAUUGCGCGGAGGCUCUUUGUCGAGCUGAAUCACGAUGACGAUGGUGACGGUGGCCUGGUGAUCCAAAGCAGCGAUGAUGAGGACGAGUCCGCCGAGGAGGAGGAGGUCGAUGAGGAGGAGGAGGAGGAGGUGAAGGACGAGCCCGCGGGAAGCAGGUUGCCAUCGAGGAGCUAG